AAGUGGCCUGAGACGGUCUCCUGACGGUCAAGAAUGCGACGUUCAUAAACUGAUAAAUAGCCUUCUACUAUCCUUUCAAUUCUUCUGCAGCUGAAGCCAGAACAAAGAAGCAUCUUAACUUACUUUUAACCUUCCCCCUUGAACUUUAUCUGAAGCUGACAACCUUCUCAUCGGUGGUCUUGGUACUUUCUUACACUUCUCUCACGACUCUCAUUCACUAUAGUACCUCGCCUCGCUUUACCAGCGUCAAGGAGCCUCUCUCACGGAAGUCAUGGAUAAGCGACCUACAAAUAGGACGACGUCUUCAGCUCAAGAGCCAACACACCUCGACCUUGCGGAGUAUCAGGCGGAAUGGGCUCGGAUUCAUGAGAAUACUGUCAGACAGCUUGAGCAGCUUAAAGCAAACGGACAGUCUGGAAAAGGCUCAGGAGCAGGGUCCCAGAGAUCUCCCUCGAAUCAGUCUCCUAGCUGACAAUCCACCACGACGCGAUUCUCUUCACGAAAAACGUUCUUACGAUGGCAUCCGAUGUCAGUUGAAAUAAGACAUCCAUCAUAGCGUGGCGCGUACUGGUUUUUGGGUUUAAUUGCUAUUGAGCCAUCGACAUAUGCAUAGUUUCAUGGCGUUUGCAGGGCGAAACUUUGAUAUCCAUCUUCCAUGUUUUACUUUCCCGUGGUAUCAGUGCCUUGGAAC